UAGGUUUUUUUAUUUUCUUUCUUUCGUUUUUCUUUUUCGGUUUUCGGCUUAUUUAGUCACCGAGCGAGCUUAGGAAAGAGAACGAGUUUCCACCAACAACCAUGGGGUCGAUCCCCGAUCCUGGCGAGUUGACCGAGUUCGAACAGCCGAGUUUCGAUGAGUUCCAGCGUCAGACGUCUCUGAUGACGAGCUGCACCCUCCUCUGGAAGGAACUCUCCGAUCACAUAAACUCACUCGAGCAGAACCUGAUGAAGCAGUCGGAGACCUUGAAACGCAAGAUCGAGACGCUUGACACGGAGACCAAGGCCUCACUCGACUCACUCAAGAAGCGCGAACUCAGCAUCGAGGACAGCGUCAAGAUCGCACUCAGCAAAGUCGAGUUCAGCACCAAAGCCGCCAUGAGAACACUCACCAACGAUGUCGAAGAGAAUCCGGAUGGCGAGGUCGACAACGGAGACGGCCUUUUGCAGCACCUGAAAUCAUCGUGCUUGAAAAUGAAAGCUAAAGAGUUCUGGAACUUCGUGACCGGAAAAAAGAAGGAAAUCGACUUGUUGAGAGAGAAAGUCCCUGCAGCUUUGUCUGAAUGCAUCGAUCCGGCGAGGUUCGUUAUGGAGGCCAUAUCGGAGGUAUUUCCAGUAGAUAAAAGAGACAAUGAUGGAGGAAGUGAUUUAGCCUGGGCUUGUGUUUUGAUCCUCGAAAGCUUAAUUCCGGUGGUGGUUGAUCCGGUAAUCGGAAAAUCAAGGAUGCUGGUCACGCCAAGUAUGAAGGAGCAGGCGAAAGAAAUCGCGGAGACGUGGAAAAAGAGCCUUGAAGAGAGAGGAGGAAUUGAAAAUGUGAAGACCCCUGAUGUUCAUACCUUUUUGCAGCAUUUGGUUACGUUCGGGAUUGUUAAAAAGGAAGAUCUGGAGUUCUAUAGGAAGCUUGUUGUUGCUUCUGCUUGGAGAAAACAAAUGCCUAAACUCGCCGUUUCUCUUGGCCUCGGCGAUCAGAUGCCUGACAUGAUUGAAGAGUUGAUCAGCAAGGGACAACAGCUUGAUGCCGUUCAUUUUACUUAUGAAGUUGACCUUGUGGACAAGUUCCCCCCUGUACCCCUUCUGAAAGCUUACUUGAGGGAUGCAAAGAAGGCUGCUUCUUCUAUCUUGGAUGAUCCCAAUAAUACUGGCCGGGCUGCGCAACUUGUUGCUCGCAAAGAGCAAUCAGCACUUCGGGCCAUCAUCAAGUGCAUCGAGGAGUACAAACUCGAGGCUGAGUUCCCACCUGAAAACCUCAAGAAACGCCUUGAGCAGCUAGAGAAGACCAAGACAGAGAAGAGAAAGCCAAUUAUAGUCCCUGCUAACAAGCGAACACGUGCAAGUAAUGGCGGUCCAAUGCCUCCAGCUAAAGCUGGCCGUUUGACAAAUGCAUAUGUCUCAUCUUUUCCCGCACCUCCUCCUUUUGUAAGGUCUCCCUCACACACCCAGUACCCCGCUGCAGUCCCGGGAUACCCACCCCCACCCCCACCAGCCAUGUACGGAAACAGGAGCCCACCCACCAACCCCUAUACUUACUCACCAGAAGCAGCCCCUCUUCCCCUUCCUGGUUCAUACCCAGGAGCUCCCAUGAACUAUCCCGCAUACGGGGGAUACGGUAAUGGUUUGGCACCCGCAUAUCAGCAGGCUUACUACCGAUAAACAAUGACGACGACUACUCUGGAGAUGGUAACCACUGAUACCCUGACUACUAUGCAGCCAAAUCUGAAGUUUAUAUUUCUAAAAUGGUUUGUUUGUAAUAUCACUAACCGUUUUAAUGGUAGCGAUGUCUGUGUGUUUAAUUAUAAUUAUAACUGCUGUGCUUUCUCGCUUUUUACCAAAAACGAGAAGCUGUAUUUUUAAUGUUGAUCGGGAAAAAAACUCUAGUACUAGGUGAUUGUGGUUAAGCGUAACAAUGUCUAAACUCAAGACUACCAUGUAGGAUUAGUUUGUAGAAAAAUGUUCCUACUGUUUAUCUGAUAUGAUGUGCCUUUUU